CCGGAAGUAGCUGUAUCCACGCUAGUCUGAAGACUCGUUGCAGAUACGACAGUCUGUGGAGACCGACUAAAAAGAACUGCUUUUAUUAAUCAGCAACCAUGAGUCUGUUAACGAAGCCCAAGUCAGAGAUGACCCCAGAGGAACUCCAGAAACGUGAAGAGGAGGAAUUCAACACUGGCCCUCUGUCUGUGCUCACCCAGUCAGUCAAGAACAAUACACAGGUCCUCAUCAAUUGUCGCAACAACAAAAAGCUGCUCGGAAGAGUCAAGGCUUUUGACAGGCACUGCAACAUGGUGUUGGAGAAUGUGAAGGAGAUGUGGACAGAAGUUCCCAAGAGCGGGAAGGGAAAGAAGAAGUCUAAGCCGGUGAAUAAGGACCGCUACAUUUCUAAGAUGUUCCUCAGGGGAGACUCUGUCAUCGUGGUGCUGAGAAAUCCUCUGAUCACUGGAAAAUGAACUGCUUACACAACUGUCAGAAAGCCUUUUUUCUUUUUCUUUUUGUUGAAAGUUUUAAAGCUAGCAGUGGACUGUCAAUAAUGGAACCCCCUUUGUUUUGUUUAUUUUCUUGUUGGAUCGCUGCAGUCACUAUUGGAUACACAGUGUCUAAAUGAUCUCUGUACUUUGUGGAGAGCCGAAAAGGUUUGAUGGUUUUUGUUUGUCUGCAGAAAUCUUCUGUAUUUUUCAUUUUUAAUAAUAAAAGUACUGAAUAGAUUCAA